UGAGAGAACGCCAUCUUGUCCGAGGCUGGUCUGGGUCUGGACUGCAUUUCCCAGAGUCCACAGCGGCCCGACAUUACGCCUCUCUUGACGCGCUGGCGAAAUCAUUAGCUCGGCAAGGACCCGGACGCGACCGGGGAGGCAGAAGGUUUGGCCUGCACAGAUGUUCUUUGCUCCUAGCCUGAUGGUGCCGUCCUCAUCCUUAGGGGUAAAGUAGGACUCUGCAUUUGUCCAAGAGAAGAAUCCAGAGAAAUCAGAGCAGGUCAGAUAAUUCUAAAAGCCAUGGCCCAGGGAUUGGUGACAUUCAGGGAUGUGGCCGUAGAGUUCUCUCAGGAAGAAUGGAAGUGCCUGGAGCCUGCUCAGAGGGACUUGUACAGGGAUGUGACCUUGGAGAACUUCAGUAACUUGGUCUCACUAGGACUUUCCAUUUCUAAGCCUGAUGUCAUCUCCUUAUUGGAGCAAGGGAAGGAGCCCUGGAUGACUGCAAAUGAUAUGACAGAACCAUGGUGCCCAGACUUGGAGUCCAGGUGUCAGACAUUUCUACAAAAAGAUAUUUUUGAAAUAGAGUCAUUCAGUUGGGAGAUAAUGGAAAGCCUUAAAUGCUGUGAUCUUGAGGGCUCCAGUUUCAGAGAUGACUGGGAAUGCAGAGGCCAGUUUGAAAGACCACAAGUGAAUCAGAAGUGCUGUUUCAAGCAGGUGGAAAUCACCUACGAAAACAUGCCCACCUUCGAGCAUCACACUUCUCACGCUCUACAUCCGAGCAGCGACACUGGUGAGAAACUGAUCGAAUGUAAUGAAUGUGGGAAAGCGUUUAGCCGUGGCUCACACCUUAUUCAGCAUCAGAAGACUCACACUGGUGAGAAACCCUUUGAAUGUAAGGAAUGUGGAAAGGCCUUUAGCCGUGGCUCACACCUCAUUCAGCACCAGAGAAUUCAUACAGGCGAGAAACCCUAUGACUGUAAGGAAUGCGGGAAGGCCUUUGGUCGUACUUCAGAACUUAUUUUACACCAGAGACUGCACACUGGUGUCAAACCCUAUGAAUGUAAGGAAUGUGGAAAGACCUUUAGGCAGCAUUCACAACUUAUUCUGCAUCAAAGAACUCAUACAGGGGAGAAACCCUACGUAUGCAAAGACUGCGGGAAGGCUUUUAUUCGCGGCUCGCAACUUACUGUUCAUCGGAGAAUUCACACAGGUGCUAGACCCUAUCAGUGUAAAGAAUGUGGGAAGGCCUUUAGACAGCAUUCCCAGCUCACUGUACAUCAGCGAAUUCACACUGGGGAGAAACCCUACGAAUGUAAGGAGUGUGGAAAGGGCUUUAUUCACAGCUCCGAAGUUACUCGCCAUCAAAGAAUUCACUCUGGGGAGAAACCCUAUGAAUGCAAAGAAUGUGGGAAGGCCUUCAGGCAGCAUGCGCAGCUCACUCGACACCAGAGGGUUCACACGGGCGACAGGCCCUAUGAAUGCAAGGACUGCGGGAAGGCAUUCAGUCGUAGUUCAUACCUUAUUCAGCAUCAAAGAAUCCAUACAGGUGACAAGCCCUAUGAAUGUAAGGAAUGUGGAAAAGCCUUUAUUCGUGUUUCACAACUGACUCAUCACCAGCGAAUUCAUACUUGUGAGAAACCCUAUGAAUGCAGGGAAUGUGGAAUGGCCUUUAUUCGUAGUUCACAACUCACCGAACAUCAGAGAAUCCAUCCCGGUAUCAAACCUUAUGAAUGUAGAGAAUGUGGGCAGGCCUUUAUUCUUGGCUCACAGCUCAUCGAACACUAUAGAAUUCAUACUGGUUAGAAAGCCUCGAACAUUAGGCAUGUAUUAAUAGAAAAGCCUUUAUGUGGAAUUCACACCUGGCUCAAUACUAGAAAAUUUUUAAUGUAAUGUAAUUAAUGUCAGAAAACCUUCACUUAUGACUUCAAUUAUGGAACAGCAGAGAACUCAUACCAAAAGAAAAUUCAAUAAAUGUGGGAAUUUCUUUUUGCCU